UGUGGCUUCACUCCGGCAGAGGAUUUCGCAGGAGGCAAUGGCGAAGAAGCUGGUGAUUAUUGACACAGACUGUGGCAUAGAUGAUGCUCAAGCUAUAAUGAUGGCCUUGGCAGCACCCAACAUCCAGGUCCUGGGUGUCACCUGUGUCUUUGGGAAUGCAGACAUUGACAAUGUGUGUCAGAAUGUGUUGAGGGUACUGUCUGUCUGUGAGCGUGAGCAGAUACCAGUAUUUCGUGGUGCUCGUGGUCCUCUGGUGGGAGCCAACAAACCACAUAGUGAUCACUUUGGAACCGAUGGACUCGGAGAUGUGAUUAAAGACAAAGACCCACAAUGGGAGAAGAAGAUCCAGAGAGAACAUGCAGUCGAUGCAAUGAUUCGACUGGUUUCUGAACACCAGAACCAGGUGUCCUUGGUGGCUCUCGGCCCACUCACUAAUCUGGCACUGGCAGUCAGACUGGACCCAGAUUUUCCACAAAAACUCAAAGAUCUGUACAUUAUGGGCGGCAACAUGGAAGGAAAAGGGAAUGUGACAUUAUGUGCAGAGUUUAACUUUCUAAUAGAUGUAGAGUCUGCCUACAUUGUACUGGAAGAAUUUCUGUGCCCUACGUUCAUAGCAACAUGGGAAUAUUCCUGCAGAAAUGCACUCCCAUGGGAGUUCUUUGAAGAGCUGAUCAAUCAGGAUGCACCUGCUGCUCGCUUUAUGAAGAUGAUCACGUCUAAAUGCUGGGCCUACUCCAAAGAGACCAUGAGGAACAAACGAGACAUAUACUUUGGACCGGGCUUUGUCUCAUACGACGCCUACGCCAUGGCUGCCUGCAUCGACAGUAGUUUGGUGACAGAGAGAAUUGAGUGUCCAGUCCGAGUAGAGCUGCAAGGCUCCAUCGCCCGUGGCAUGAUGGCAUUAGAUCGCACAAAUGAGUUAAAAAAGAGCCACAGUGUGUUUGUUUUGACUAAAUGUGAUAUUGACAAGUUUAGUCAGUUACUGAUGGCGUCCCUUAGACAACCCUGUAAUAAAUGA